ACUCUUCGAGAUCAGACAUGAAACCUUUUGUGGUUGCCGCGCUGCUUUUAGCAGUUGUUGGUUCAGGUUGGUGUGAAAAUAAGGGUAAGAAAACCGAAAAGAGGGGAAUUUCGGAAGCCUCCUACUCAAUUGGAGGAGGAUAUGGAGGAGGACAUGGAGGACUGGGAGGAGGAAUUGGAGGAGGAUAUGGAGGAGGACAUGGAGGACUAGGAGGAGGAAUUGGAGGCGGAUACGGUGGUGGAUACUCAGCCGGAAUCGGUGGAGGAAUUGGAUACAGUAGCGGCGGCUAUGGAGGCGACGGAGGUUUUGGAGGAGGAUUAGGAGGAGGAUUAGGGGGAGGAUUAGGGGGAGGAUUAGGUGGAGGAAUUGGAGCAGGUGGAGUCGGCGGUGGUAGAGCAGUAUCCGACGCUGGUACCUCUGUGUCGACUGUAAACCAAGCUGUUCCAGUUGCAGUUGCACAACCUUAUCCAGUUACUGUAAAUCGCCCAGUACCUUAUCCAGUCCCCCAACCUUAUCCCGUUGAUGUGCCAAGAGCUGUACAAGUACGAGUUCCAGUACCUCAGCCUGUCGCCGUUCCACGAGCUGUUCCCGUUACGGUCAAUAGACCAGUUCCAGUCCCAGUGCCACAACCGGUGCCAGUCCCAGUUGCACAACCAGUGCCCGUUUCCGUUCCCCAACCUUACGCCGUUCACAUUGCACAACCUGUUCCAGUUAGGGUGCCACAAACCGUUGUCGUUCCUGUAGCUCAACCAGUUGUGGUAUCUGGUGGAGGUGGUGGUUUCGGUGGAGGAGUCGGUGGAGGUCUUGGAGGAGGCGUUGGAAUUGCAUAUAGUGGAGGAAUUGGAGGUGGUUACGGCGGAGGAUUUGGAGGUGGCUACAGCGGAGGAUUGGGAGGUGGCUACAGCGGAGGAUUGGGAGGUGGCUACAGCGGAGGUCACGGAGGUGGUUAUAGCGGAGGAUUCGGUGGAGGCUACUCUGGAGGCCACGGUAGCGGAAUUGGUUUCGGAAAAUCAUACGGAGGUGGUUCAAGUUACAGCAGUAUCUCGUUGGGAAGUUAUAAGUCUAAAUAUUAAGUCACUAGUAUGUACGAAAUACUUGUUUCAUUUUGCACCACUUGUGAUAUGUUUUACAAUUUUUUUUAUAGUCAUCAUGUAAAUAAACAUUUUUUUUUAUAAA